AUGAAGUCUACAAAUGACAACAACAAUGGUAGCAAUAGUCAUAAUAACAACUGGUUGGGUUUCUCUCUCUCACCCCACAUGAAAAUGGAGGUUUCUUCAAACCCUCAUCAUCAGUACAAUCAUCAUCAUCAUCAACCUCAGCAAGUUAGCAAGUUCUUCCUUCCGGCUUCUAUCUCUCUCGUUCUUCACACCUCAACAGCUCUGCAAUCUGUUAUGGGGUUUGAGAAAAUGGUGGCUUUCACUCACCCUUGGAUGGUGCAAAACUCUUCCCCUAAACUUGAGGACUUUCUUGGUGGUGCAACAAUGGAAGCCCACCACCAAUAUAGUACCCAUGAGAGAGAAGCAUUGGCUCUAAGCUUAAACAGCAUGUACUACCACCACCAAAUUGCUGAUCAACAAACCAACAGACAAAAACAACAAUAA